UCGACGUCACGUGGCGGAGACAGCGGCGUCUCCUCCGCUCUGCCGCUUCCGCUGGUUUGGCUGCCUGGGUGCUCCGCGGCGGAAACGAGGCGGCAUCGGCUGGGUUCACUUGCCGAUGUGUAGGGAGAGGUGGCGGGGACGCCGCGGUAGCCUUAGAACCCACACGGAACGAAGUGCUCUCCGGAACCAAGUGCGCUCGCGAAACGUCAGAGGCCGUGACUGACUUCUAGGAGGGAGGGAGAGAAUGCGCACGUGCGGACCCAAAGCAUUGAGUAUACACCAGUCUUCAUGAAAGCUGACAGAGAAACAAAGCGCCUGUUUGUGGGUGGCCUUGGCCAGGCAAUUUCUGAAACAGACCUACAAAAUCAGUUCAGCAGAUUUGGAGAAGUUUCUGAUGUGGAGAUCAUCACACGGAAAGAUGACCAAGGAAACCCACAGAAAGUCUUUGCAUAUAUCAACAUCAGAGUAACAGAAGCAGAUUUGAAAAAAUGUAUGUCUGUUUUAAAUAAAACAAAAUGGAAAGGUGGAACACUACAAAUUCAGCUAGCGAAAGAAAGCUUUUUGCACAGAUUGGCCCAAGAAAGAAAAGAAGCAAAAGCAAAGAAAGAAAAAUCAACAGCAGGCAAUACCAACUUAGUAGAAAAGAUGGGAGGGGUGGAUUUCCAUAUGAAAGCUGUGCCAGGGACAGAAGUACCAGGACACAAAAACUGGGUUGUGAGUAAAUUUGGAAGAGUCUUACCUGUUCUUCACCUUAAAAAUCAACAUAAGCGUAAAAUCAUGAAAUAUGACCCUUCAAAGUACUGCCAUAAUAUAAAGAAGAUAGAGGAGGGUCUCACAAGUGCCACUCCCAUCUCCAACCUCACUUGGGAAUUGGAAGGCGGAAAUGACCCCAUGAGCAAGAAACGGCGAGGAGAGUUCUCUGACUUCCAUGACCCUCCCAGGAAGAUAACAAAAGUGCAAAAAAAAGAGCACCCCCCUGAGUCUCUGGCUAGGAGUCCAGGGUCCAAUUGGGUAAUGGAAAGUCCACACUUACCACGGCAGCGGGUGAUUGAAAAAACGCCUUGUGAUUUCAUUCUUCCUUCUAAAAAAAAAGCACUCCUUGCACAUGGUUGUGAUGCUCAGAAACUUAAAAAUGUACUGUUUCAGACUUCUGGCUUGGAAACCCACAGGAAAAGAAGCAGCAUGUCUGAUGACAAUGACGAUCGUGAUACUGAUUCUGAAGAUGAAUUAAGAGCAAUGAUUGCAAAAGAGGAAACCUUACAGAGAAUUACGUGGUCUUCAAUAAAAGAUUCUGAAAAUGAAACCUUUGAAGUUGUAAGUACUGAUUUCAAAUCAGAUGCUCACAGACUUUGUUCUUUAACUGGUCUAGGUAUCAAAACUAAUGCUUCCCGCCUUGAUGGUGAUGCUCUAGGAAAUGACUGUGAGUAUGAUUCUGGAGACACAGAUGAAAUUGUUGCAGUAAAAAACAGUAAGGUAAAAAAUGAACAAACGAGGGCUACAGAAUUCUCAGAAGUGGAAACAUCUAUACACAAGAAAAUAUCUUUUAAAAACAGAGAAAAUGGUCAGCUUUCUCAUCAUUGUAUUGAAGUACCGAAAAGAAACAACGCAGAAUCAGACCAUGGUCAUGGAAUAAAGCCUCGUAAUUGUAAAUCUCCGUCUGACUCCAGAAGCAGUGAAGAUGCUGAUUUUGCAUCUGAAUUAGCUGAGUCUGAGGGAGAUGAGGAAUAUGACACCAUGAUGAAAGACUGUAUCCGUGUGAAUCUCACUCUAGCUGACUUGGAACAGUUGGCUGGCCAUGAUCCAGAGGUUCCCAAAGAGGAUUCUGAGAGCAGUGGCCCAGCAACCACCACCCACUGCAAGUCUGAUUGCGUCUAUAAGAGCCCCCGGAUUCCUCAUGGCCCCCGCAGAGAUCAACAGGGCAUUAGUCCUGAGGAGAUUCUGGCUUCCCUUUUAGAAGAAGAGAACACCUACAGCAAACCAAAACCAAUGGGAAACAACUUAAAGCCAAAAUUCCAGGCUUUCAAGGGAGUAGGCUCUCUAUAUGGAGAGGAUUCAGUGAGGAAAUCCUUAAAAGAGAAUGGUGUCUCUGUAAAUGUUAGUCCAGAUCAGAAUUCCCUGAAACAGGAGGGCCCCAAUAGUACUUUAAUUGAAAAUGAGUCCCCCUAUGCUAACAUCCUAUCAAGCAAACUGACUCCAUGUCAGCAUGCUAAGACAGUGAGUGGCCUAAACCACAUCCAGCUUCAGAAAAGACAGGCCCCUUCUAAGGGUCAGGAUCACAAAGUAGUGUACCCUCGUGGUUCAGAAAAAGGAAGUCAGGAUUCUGUCUCUAGGACGUUGCUGUUAAAAGGUAAGAAAUCCUUAAGUCCCAGUGCAGAGACUCCCAAGAUGAGCUUUGACCAAGACAGUUGGCAUAGUGCCACAAAGAGGGAAGCUGCUUCAGAGGAAGACAGGGCUGAUUCAAGCAAUUUCAGUUCUCUAGAGAAGUCACCAAAGGUCUCUUCCAGAAAGGACACUCAGGAAAACAGAACUGAUUUCUCACUGUCAAGCAGUGAUCUGCCACAUGGACAUGCUCAGGAUAAGCAUGCUGCAGAUAAUCAGAAGCGUUUGGCAGCCUUGGAAGCCAGGCAGAAAGCAAAGGAUGUGCAGAAGAAGUUGGUGCAUGACGCACUGGCAAAGUUGGAUGGUCACCCAGAGGACAAGCCAACGCACAUCAUCUUUGGUUCCGACAGUGAAAGUGGAACAGAGGAGAGACCUACUCAAGGGCAGAACCAUCCAGGAGAGAAACUGGUAAAAGAGUCCCUGGGUAAAGCAUCUGGGAAGUUGUUUGAUAGCAGUGAUAAUGAGGACUCCGAUUCCGAAGAUGACAGUAACAGGUUCAAAAUUAAACCUCAGUUUGAAGGCAAAGCUGGACAGAAGCUCAUGGAUUUACAGUCACAUUUUGGCAAUGAUGAUAGAUUCCGCAUGGACUCUCGGUUUCUGGAAAGUGACAGCGAAGAAGAACAGGAAGAGGUAAAUGAAGGGAAAACUGCCGAGGAGGACGAGCUGGCUGCAGAGAGAGCGCGGGCCCUGCAUGUCGUGCAGAGCGUCCUGCAUGUCAACUUAAGCAGUGCUACAAGCAGAGGAUCAGCUGCUGCUAAGAAAUUUAAGGACAUCAUACGUUAUGAUCCAACCAGGCAUGACCAUGCUACUUAUGAAAGGAAAAGAGAUGAAAAACCUAAAGAAAGUAAAGCGAAACGAAAGAAGAAAAGGGAGGAGGCUGAGAAGCUCCCUGAAGUGUCUAAAGACAUGUAUUAUAACAUCACCAUGGAUUUGAAGGAAAUCUUCCAAACUACAAAAGAUACCAGCAAGAAGGAAGAAGACACACCCUGGAACGGGGGCUGUGGUGGAGAAAGGGCCAAGGCUGAGCCUCCCAGUGCAUUCACGUUCUCCUUUUUUGGUUCUGAUACUAAAGAUGUAAAGGAAGAAACCUAUAAGAUUGGAACAGUGAAAUCUGGGAAAGUUAUCUGGAAGGGAGACCCUCGUUUCCAAGAUAGCAGUUCAGAAGAUGAUGAUACUACUGAAGAAACAGAUCAACAAGCCCCAAGUCCUAGAGAAUCAUCAUUACCUGAGAAAGAGACCCCUAGGUUUUUCUUUUUUUCUAAAGAUGAUGAAAGACUUCAUGGUUGUGACUUGUUUUGGAAAGGAGUGGGAAGUAAUAUUAGCAGGAACUCUUGGGAGGCCAGAGCACACAGCCUGCACAUGGAUUGUCGGAAGAAACACAAAGAUGCAAAGAGGAAAGUGAAACAAAAAUAAUCAAUGUCAGCUACUGGUUUUGGUGUUGAAUUGGGAACAAGGCUCAGCUGAGGAAAUUGACCCAGAAUAUAAUUUUAGCUGACGGAGAAGAAAUUUCAGAAUGAAAGACUAUUCAAAGGACCAGCUGAUUGUAUAAUAGUUACAUCACCGGACUCCCACUUAGUGGACUACAGUUCGAGUCCUCGAACCAGUGGAUUAAAACUCAUACCAGGUGCUUGUGCGUGCAUGCCCAGGAUCCUGGGA